AUGGAAACUAUGAAGACUUACGCUAAGCCCAGGGCUGUUAAUCAAUGUCCUUAUGAAGAUAAACCUGUACUCACAUAUACAAUAGGAAGAACUGAAGAAGAGAAUAAAGAAAGAAAGAAGAAAAAAGAGCGGGAACAAAGGCGACUUGAAAGAGCACAACGACAGUUUAUUCAAAGCGCAUUUAAAGAUAUGUGCCGUGAAAUUUGCUUGAAAACUUACCAACAGGCAUUGGGUAUCCUACCCGACGCGGAGGACCCCGAAUGUACUUGCUACCCGGCUUUACCGUCAGCAGACAGAACUAAUUUAGAUCUUUCAUGUUCUUGCUCUCAGGAUGAAUCUUCUAUUGGAUCUGAUACAGAUUCCGAUGAAUGGAUAGUAGAGUUUACACCUCCAUGUGCUACAUUCAAACCGACUUCGAAAACCAAAAAAGUAACUAAGUCAGAUAACAGCACCCAGUACACUUACUUGGAUUACAGAGUAAAAUUACUGGAUCGAUUUGGUAACCCUGUUCCUAGGUACUUUAAAGGACCAGAUGGUAAACAACAAUGUAGUGACUUGGGUGGUUUUUGGGGACCAGAUAAAAAAUGGCUUACUAUUAAUAUUGAUGGUUAUAUAGCGCCUGAUGGACGUUGGGCGCCUAAUUACUUUAUUGGGCCAAAUGGAGAGAAUGUCGAAGGUGCAGCUGGAAAAUUUCAAUCCGCUAAUAAUAACUGGUUAGUGGUUGGUGUAGAUGGGUUCGUAGACUGUCAAGGUAGAUGGAGAUUCUAUCCAAAACCUAGAGGAAUGCUGCCCGAUAAAAAACGUCAAGAUUCCAAGAAAACAGGCGCUCGUACUGGUGCUGCCGACAAAAAGAAUAAAGAAGACACGGCUGCUCCCAAAUCUGAUGCGAGCUGGAGUUGCUUUGGCGGUGCUUCGGCUACAGAACUAUCAAAAUUAGGCAUCAUUGGUCAUGGUCACGACAAAAAGUUACUUUUGACAGCCUUAAAGGAAUUGCUGGCCCAAGGAGAAAAUGUUAAGAUACCUCAACCAUCGACAGUUUACCGUCUACCACCUUCCAAGAAGCGUCGAAGGAUGCCAACUAAACAGUCUCGUACUCACUAUGAAGAACGGUCAAGAUGCACGCAUUCUUUGCCAUCGGACAAGGGUAUAGUAGCAGUAGAUGAUAAGGGGAACAAAACUUAUUUCCGCUUAAAAGGAGGUAAAAACGUAAGGCCUAAACAAAGGCUGAAGGAACUAACAAGGCGUGGUAUAAGUUUGAGCUCUUUCCACGUUCCGUGUUUACACUCAUUUAUAGGUACAGAGUUGAUGAAAAAACAGCAGAGGGCACGCUUAAUAGCCCUGUCGACUAAGAACGCUGGCACUCAAAAGUAUUAA